AUGAACCACACAUUUACCUUCGAGACAAACCUGAACGAUAUAUUCGCUGGGGAUGACAUCGCGAAGUCCGAGAAGAGCUGCGACUACUGCUUGAAGCGGAAGCGCGUGUGCAGAUGCGACACCAUCAGGAGGGAGCUGGGCAGCGAAGACGCAGCCGAGAUAGCAGAGCUGCAGGAGCGGAAAAGGUACUACGACGAAAUUUGCGACAAAAUUGUGGACAAAUACAAAGACGUGGUGAACCGGUUCGAGUACGACAAGGACAUCGUGUCGUACAUAAAGAAAAAUAAAAUUAACGAUGAAGUAGAAUGCGAAGAUUGGAUCUAUUUUUACGAGCUGCUGAAGGAGAGGAAGAUAGUGGAAAAGUGCAUCGACACCAAGUCCAGCAGGGAGGAACCGUUAACUUUGAACAGUUUUCAUUUUGAUGAGGAGGCAAAUUUCAUAAGCUCUUUAAACUACUACCUCAAGGUCCACAAGCUCCACCAUGUGAUUCAUAAUUGGAUGGGCAUGAGUGUGAACCCCUUCGAUGAGUACGCGUCUGGGGGGGGGCACCACGCUGGAAUGGGUGAUAGCUGCGAUGGAGGUGGUAGCGGUGGCGAUGGCGGCGGUGGCGCAGGCGGUGGUGGCUAUGGCGGAAAUGGCAACGGUGUGAGUGCCUAUGGGGGUGCCUCUGAUCAGGCGCAUGCAAAGCGGGAGUGGCAAUCCGGUUCAACCCACGUAGGACAAGCGGACGGAGAGGAUAACCGCGGGAGGGAUACCCUAACGCCGAUAGCAUUGGAGAAAGAGAAAAAAUUCCACCCACUGUAUUACUACCUCUACAUGCAAGAAAAUGAGAAAUGGAUUUCAGGGCUGAACAACUCGGGGAGCAUUAUCCAUCCAGAAAAUAUAACUCAUGUAUGGAAUCAAACGGUGAGAGAGAGUAACAAAAAGGUGAAGCUGUUUCGAUUAAUAACAGCAAAUAGUGUAAGCACAGAUGACGUGAUGAACUACUGCAAAAAGGAGAAGAAGAACCAACACAUGAUGGAACAGAACAGCCAUGCUGCAAGAAUUAGGAGCAUUAGUCAGUUAGUGUGUGCUUUGGGAAUGGUAGAUAUUGGGGGGUGUUUCAUCAUGAAAAUAAAAUUAUUUUUUGAUAAUUUUCUCCUGUCUGUUUUCUCCAUCCUAGCCAUAUGUUUCAAGAAGCUGGAGGUUUAUAGACCCUCCUGUUGCCACCUACGCAAUGUGGUAUUUUUAGUAGGUGUCCAUUUUAAUGGGAUCACAUCUAUUUUUUUGUCUAGCUUGAAUAAUUGGGUUCAGGGAGCACAGAGGGAGAUUGCUUCCCUGCCGGGCGAGGGCAGCCAGCUAGCCAAGCAAGGCACGUUAGCAGCGCAAGGCAUGUCAGCCGCGCAAAGCACGAUAGCUGCGCAAAGCAUGUCAGCCGCUCAAAGUACGAUAGCCGCUCAAGGGAGAAACACACCAGAUGACGCUGCCGGGGGAGUGAAAACGGGAGGAAGCUUCAGAGGGAAAAGUAUCAUCCCGAGGAAGUGGAUCAAUAAAAAUUUUUUUAGAGAAUACCAAAAGUGCAUUCAUCAUUUUGUAGACUACCUAAUUUACUAUCUCAAAAAAUGCAUAAAUGUAUCGAAUACCAAUCUGAUGAAGAAGAAUAUCGAGAACACCAAAAGGAUGUACCUUUCGCAGUUCUUUGAGGAGCACCGACUUGUCGACAUUAGGAAGAAGGACAAGCUGCUGUUUAGACUGCUAGACGAUUUGUACUUGGACCAGGGGAGGAUCAUCCCACGGGUGUACCACGCGGGCGGGGAAGACGGGGCAGACCAGGCAGACCGAGCAGACCGAGCAGACCGAGCAGACCACGCAAACCGAGCAGACCGAGCAGACCACGCAAACCGAGCAGACCACCCAAACCACGCAAACCAGCUGGAUGGUACGGACGAGAGGGACGUACUCUGUGAAGGGGACAGGAGAGGCUGCUUCACGGAUUUCCCCUACGCAGGGGCGCCAUUUUCAAAGAAGGAGUUACAAAAACUGAGGAGCAGCCUACAACUCCCUCCACAAGCAGGAAGAGAAAGGGGUAUCUUCUUCGAAGGUACAGGGGAAUCGAACGAGACACGUGAGAACAUCAGCAAUGGCGUUUUCUCCAACCGUGGGGGGAACGUGCAUAAGUAUCGCAAACAAAUCACCGCGCUUUUGAGAAGAAUCGACUUUAAGGGUGAUAAAACUUCAUCGCGGAAGCGGAGAGCUAGCAGAAUCAAUCGCGUCGAUGGUACCCCCGGUGGCCUCUUCCAGCUGGACGAAGACCUAAUCCGAAAGCGAGUCUUCUCAGUGGAUAAAACACUGCUGGAAAGGCAUGAAUCCGAAUUUGAGGGUCUCCUCAAGAAGCAAGCCUACUUCACCAACAAGAACUGGUUCAGGUGUUACCUCCAGAAGGAUGCGUACGACUUUGUGAACCCCUUUUAUUUGGGGAAGGAACUGUACAGGGAUAUAUUACUGAGCAGGAAUCACAUCUACUACAACAACUGCGACGUGGAGAUGAACAGCUUAAAACAGAUUCUGAAGCGGUACGAACCCGUGUGCUCAUCCUACGUGAUGGAUGGACAGGAGCUCUGCUGCAGCGUCAUUGACUGCCUCUUUGUUUUGAGGAAUUGCGCCCACGUGGAUCUGACCGAGGACUCGUCCCUCCUCCGCACCUUUUUAGUGAUCAGCGGGGAUGCCUCAUCCAGCGUCUUCUCCUUCUUCUCCAAGUUCGGGACUGGUUCUCGCGUCCAGCUGCAGGGAUGGGACAGCCAAGUCGGUGUCAGCGGCGAGGGCAGCGGCGAGGGCGGCGACAGUGUACGUGGCAACGGUAGCGACAGUGCAGGUCCCCGAGACGGCGCCCCCCUCCUAAACGUGCAGGAGCUGUACCAAAAGAAAACCCCCUACAAAUACUUCAGUGAGAUAUUGAAAGACAAACUGGAAGACCAAAAAAACGUUUGCUCUCUCGUAUUCAUAGAUCUCAACACGCAGCUCUUUCAAAACUAUGUGCAUGUAGUUGAAAAGGAAAUAAAAACGAAGAACUACUUCGUGUCUAGCUUGAUCAUAAGUUUCAAUUACUUGCAAAAGGGGGGUAGUCUUAUUAUUCACUUGAGCAGUGCCAUGACUUUUUUCACAGCCGGUUUGCUCUACAUAUUAGUGUGUGCCUUUGAGCGAGUGGAUUUCUUUCUCCCUCCCUCCUGUGAUGAUCUCGAGUUGGGAUUUUAUAUUUAUUGUGACACGUUUGGUGGGAACUACGUGUACAGGCACUACGUGCAGUUCCUGUGGGAGGCUCUGAUAUGUAAUCAGUAUGUGGAAGAAAAGGUUCCAUGUAGUGCUACCACCGUGUCGGUCAACCCAGGAGGGGAAGAAGUUAGCACGAUGAAGAAGAAGAAGAAGGGAGAUGUAUACCUCUCCGUUCCCCUGUUCUUUCUCAUGAACAGAAAUUUGGUUAAUCUGCUGAAGCGAUUUAACUCUUUUUAUUUUUCCCAUCACUUGAACAUUUGUAUGCAGUUUUUAAGAGAGCCAAAAUUUUUUUAUCAUAAUCGGACGUUAAUCAAGUGUCUCGUGACUCAUUUUUUUCGAGCGUAUGUUUUACCUGAGGAGUUGGGUAGAUCCUUUGGCCGUGUCUUCAAAUCGGUGAGCAUUCACUGUGACGAGGAUGGUAGUGACUUGCUUGACAGUGGUGAGGAUGGUAGUGACUUGUUGGACAGUGGUGAGGAUGGUAGUGGCCUGCUUGACAGUGGUGAGGAUGGUAGUGACCUGCUGGACAGUGGUGAGGAAGUCAAACUGGGGAGGAACCAGAAGAAGAAUAGGCAAAAGGUUAGGGGCACCACGGGCAGAAGCCGCAGUCUCAGUCGCAGUCGCAGCAGUGGAGGUAGUGGUGAUGAGCGCGUGGCGAACGAGGAAAGCGAAUUGCACCGCUCCUCUAGUGAAUCGAAUUACUCCCUGGCCUUUGAGUACAAAAAUAUCCCCAGCGAAAUAUCUGUGUCAGAGACGGCUUGGGGAGACAGCUCGUAG